AAUAGUGUUCCUCCACCUGUCCCUCGUCUUAUCCUCACCCACCUCCCGCCGUCGGCGGCCUCCCUGCAAACCCAACAACGGCGAUGGCGGCGAGGGUCCCGGCGGCGGAGCUCAACCAGCACCGCUCAUCGCCGUUUGCCGCAUCCCACUGUCGCCGUCCACGUGCGUGCUUUCCCUUCCUCACCCCUCUGUCCUCUCUAAAGCCACCAUCCUUGCUAGCGUCUUCCUUGUCCCCACUGCUGCUUCUUGUUCUUGCAGGCGACGCCGCCCCUCAGGCGCCUCUCCGCGUAGCAUCCAGAACGCCGCGGAGAACGGAAGAAUCCAACAGGAUCAUCUGCAGGGCUGCAGAGGUUCAGGGCGCCGGAGGAGGAGCCAGGAGGAGGAGGGAGCCGCUGCGGCGGGGGGCCGUCAGCGCGCGCCUCCCGGUGCCGGACCACAUCCCCCGGCCUCCGUACGUCGGCGCGGACGCCAUCCCGGACGUGUGCCCGGACCGGCAGGUGCACGACGGCGAGAGCAUCAUGCGUAUGCUGGACGCCUGCGAGCUCGCCGCCCGGGUUCUCCAGUACGCAGGAACACUGGUCAAACCGGCUGUGACGACGGAUGAGAUCGACAGGGCUGUGCACCAGAUGAUCGUGGACGCCGGCGCCUACCCGUCGCCCCUUGGAUAUGGCGGGUUUCCGAAGAGCGUCUGCACGUCGGUGAACGAGUGCACCUGCCACGGGAUCCCUGAUUCUCGCGAGCUACAGGAUGGAGACAUUAUCAACAUUGAUGUUACUGUCUACUUAAACGGCUAUCAUGGGGACACCUCAAGAACAUACUUUUGUGGAGAUGUUGAUGAACCUACUAAACAACUUGUAAAGGUCACUGAAGAGUGCAUGAUGAGGGGCAUAUCGGCCUGCAGACAUGGUGCUAGUUUCAAGGACAUUGGCCAGAGAAUAAGUGACGGCUCUGCUUGGGUUGUUUCAGUGAGCAUGCCAGCAAGUAUGGCUAUGGCAUCGACCCCUUCGUUGGGCAUGGCGUUGGGAGGAUAUUCCAUUGCGAACCCAUCAUAUGGAGUACAUACGAUUAUGAGCCGGGUUUCAUGGUUGCAGGCCAGACGUUCACCAUCGAGCCGACGCUGUCGAUGGGGAGCACGCAGUGCGUGCUGUGGGAUGACGGCUGGACGGCGGUGGCUGCGGACGGCAGCCUCAGCGCGCAGUUCGAGCACACCGUGCUGGUCACCCGCGACGGUGUGGAGAUCCUCACUGGGUCUCCCUAGCAGCAUCAGGUCAAGGUGGAAAACUGCUGCCACCGCUGCUGACGGACGGUCGAUGUGCAGGCGUGCUGGUACUCGUUAGAGGAUUCCGGCUGAAGCAGCAGCACUGGAGCGGUCCCAGCAUCCCCUCCACCAGGAGUACAGGUCUGGUAAUUGCAGUUUUGCAUGCUGGAGCAACUUCCUCCCUUCGGCAACUUAACCAUGCCAGUAUCUAUUAGAGCCCAAGAUGAACUAUGGGCCGACAUCUAUUUUGGAGCCCUGCUUAAAAAGCCCAAAAGGUUGAGCCAGAUUGGACCAAAUGGAGCCUUUCAUAUUAUCGGCUGUUUCAGGUUAGAUAUUCAUGUCUCUCCACUAUUUUUAUAUUUUAUAAUUGCAAAAUUCCAUAAUUAUUUUUAUACAAUAAACAAGAAAGCACUGCAUACUACUGUAAAAUUAGCGUAGUAUAAACUAGCAACCUGCUUUUCUUCUCUGUUUAUUUUUGUGGAGGAGAACUGUCUCAGAUAUACUUCUGAAAGUUUGCACGAAGGUUUCCCUACUGCCAUCGCAUUGUAUGCGCAAACGUAGAUGCGAAGGUUGGCAACACUCUACUUUUGUGUAUCAAAAAUAAACCCAACUGGAAAACUCAAUUAUUCUUGGAAACUGUAGGAGAUAGUAUCAUGUUUGACGACCAAAGUUGGUGGGGAUUUAUUUCUUUCUUUCACACAAAGAUAGCAGGAUCUGCUCUUCUCUCUACAGUUAAUUUGCUUGGCGUCAAGACUCAGGACUCCAUCUUUGACAAAACCACCACUGCCAUAGACUUCCAGCACGUGUGUACAACUACAAUUACAAGAAGGAUUCCACUUCCUAUAUCUAACCUCAACUUGUUCGCUAAUAAACUACAUAUUAGUUCCUGACUCAAACAUCACCAUCUGCUACAUACGAAGAAAGACCCUCGUAUAUUGAUGGUCCAGGCCUCUAUGGCCUUUCACUAA